ACAGACGGAAGGGCACCACAGGAGCAGCGCACAGUGGUCAAAGCCACUCCAGUAGGGGUACGUACUCUACUCAGCCGCCGACGAAGCUUCCCGGAAACUGCACCGCAUGUCCUCAGUACGUACGUACGUACUCAGCUGCCCACCUGCUGCUCUGCUCCCUACAUAUAGCCCCUUCCACUGCGGUCCGUUCCCAAGUUACGGUCCCAGCCUUGGCCAGGAAGGAAGGAACCAGUAGCCGCCGCCGCCGCCACUGGGCACUGGCUGACCGCCGCGUGCGUUCACGUAGCGCGGCUCGGCCCCUCCAGGGCUGCCGGGAGAAGGGGAGGAGGAGGAGGAUGCGGCGCGGGAGCGUGGAGAUCAGGCGGAUCGCCAACAACGUCUCGCGGAGGGCGACCUUCGGCAAGCGCUGCGCCGGGCUGCUCAAGAAGGCGCAUGAGCUCGCCGUGCUCUGCGACGCCGACCUCGGCGUCCUCGUCUUCGACGCCGCCGGCAGGCAGUUCCACUACUGCAGCCCCAACGCCAGCUGGAGCGAGCUAAUUCAGCGCUACGACAGCACCACCAGCGACCAGUUCCAAGGGGGUCAGGGGAUGAAUCAUGAUCAUGAUCAGCUGCUGUCGGAAAUCGCAAGGUUGAGGCAAGAGCGUGACCACCUCGAGGCCGUCGUGCGGAGCCAGACCGGAGAAGACCUUCCGUCGACCGCAAGCGUGCCAGAGCUUGGCCAUCUGGAGCAGAAGCUAGAGCGCGCGCUGGGUAAAGUCCGUGAAAUGAAGGAUAAGCUGCUGGAGGAGCAGCUGGGCGAAUCACACCACAGGGUGCACAUCCUGGAGGACCAGAACAGCUUCCUUCGCCACAUGAUGAGCGAGGAGGGGCGGCAGCGUGCUGCCGUGGAGGCGUCGGCGGUGGUGGCGGAGCUCAUGGCGCCGGCGACGCUGCUCGGGGGAUUCUUCCCGGAGGUGGAGGAGGAGGAGGCGGCGACGUCGCUGCGGCUGUGGCCGUAGCUGCUUCCCUGGCCUGGGGCUGUGGUAAGCAAAGAUCAUUCAUGACUAGAAAGAGAUGAUAGAGUGACGAAAUUGGACGGAAGCUAAUUUUAGCCAGUGAAACUUACUAGUAGGCAGGCCAGCAGUAGCACUUACCUUAUGAGGCCAUAUAUAUUUUCUCCAAGGCCAUAUGUUCACAUGACAUGUGUCCCGUUUUGCUCCAUGCAUGACUUCCCAUAUGGGUAGAAUUUCCCCGUAUAUUAUCACGCUGGUUCAUAUAAAAUCUUUCUUCGGUAGUGUUAUUUUUUUAACAUCAGUGUUGAUGAUACUAUGAUGUUGUGAAUGGAUUGAUGCCCAACA